UCUAAUCUGUAAAAAUAGGUGGAACAAUAGAUUUUCAUGGAAAAGUUAAAGCUUUUUUCCACAAUUCAAACGGCCUAUAAUUAGGAUUAAAACUUUUUAUCCAGGGACGUGAAAAUAGGUAAAAAUAGAUUAACUAACUAAGAUUCAAACUAUCUCCUAAGAAAAUACAUAAUUAGGAUUUAAGAGAUAAGAAACAGAAAAUUAGGGUUAAAUAGGAUUUUCCUUCCGUGGGUCCAUAAAAAAAUAGGAUCUUCCUGAGAAUGUUUUAACUAUUCCAGGAUUUAUUUUUUUUUGGGUAAUAAACUAUUUAUUCCAGGAUUCAAACAGCCCAUAACAGGAUUCUUUACCAACCAAGCAACCCCUCAUUGGUACCGUUACCCCCAAGCUUUUCUUGUAUAAAAAUGCUCUCCCGCGACUCCAUUGCCGUUGCUGCUUCACCGUCCCCAACCUUCCUCCUCAUUCCUCUGAAAUGGCCGCACUCUCCUCUGUCUCUCUCCGUUCCCUCGUCAGCCCCGUCUCCAAUGAGCUCGACGACCAUGUCUUUGGGUCUGCCAAGCCCCCCUUCGAGUUUCCAGUUCAAGAAGGAAGUGAACUUGGUGGGAAAGAGAUCGGUGUCGUUUAAGAAGCUCGUACCAAACUGUUCGAGGGACUGAGGGAUGGAUGUGACCACUUCUGCUUUGGUGGACAAUGUAGCUGAAUGUGCAAAUGUUGUUGCAGAUAUUGAUGUAAAAGAGCCGAGCAUAUCGACGUUACUGCUGAAUUAUGAAAACAAGUUUGAUCCUUAUGGUUCUACGAGUACGCCACUUUAUCAGACUUGCUACAUUCAAGCAGUCUUCAGCAACAGAAUCCGGUCCGUACGAUUACAACAGAGGUGGGAAUCCCACCAGGGAUGCUCUUGAAAGAGUCCUAGCAAAGCUCGACAAAGCAGAUCAUGCAUUUUGCUUCACAAGUGGGAUGGCUGCUUUAGCUACUGUCACCCAUCUUGUUGGCGCAGGUGAAGAGAUCGUUGCAGGAGAUGAUAUGUAUGGUGGCUCUGAUCGGUUAUUGUCAAAAGUAACCCCUAAAAAUGGCAUAGUGGCGGGUAAAUUCAUCCGACCUAGACGAGAUUGCUUCUGCUGUUGGUCCCAAGACCAAACUUGUGUGGAUAAAAAGCCCCACCAACCCGAGAAUACAAAUUUCUGAUAUUCGU